UAUAAACUCUUCCUGUUCCUAAACCCUAAAACUCAGAAACCCCCAAACACCAAUGGCAGAACCCGAAACUCCAAUCAAUGCAACCACAAUCCCUGAUCAACCGGCAGCGGCGCCGGUGCCGGAAUCCGAUAUUUCAAGCGUGACGGAGAAGAAGUGGGCGGGAUGGCCGGGAGACUGCGUGUUUAGGGUUAUAGUGCCGGUGCUGAAAGUUGGGAGCAUUAUUGGACGCAAAGGAGACCUUAUUAAGAAGAUGUGCGAACAAACAAAAGCUCGGAUUCGUGUGCUGGAUGGUCCUGUUGGUAAUCCUGACCGCAUUAUUUUAAUUUCUGGCAAAGAAGAAACAGAGGCACCCUUGUCACCGGCAAUGGAUGCUGUGAUAAGAGUGUUUAAACGUGUUAACGGAUUCCCGGAGGAUGAGAACGAUGGUGCAGCAGCCAUUCCCUUCUGCUCAUUCCGACUAUUGCUACCAUCAACGCAAGCCGCGAGUCUUAUUGGAAAGCAAGGAUCUUCAAUCAAGACAAUACAGGAGACCGGUUGUUCUGUUCGUGUCGUCCCUAGUGGUGAAAUAACGACAUUACCCACCAACUCGGAAGAUAAAGUUGUGGACUUACAAGGAGAGGCUCUUAAAGUUUUGAAAGCGUUAGAAGCUGUAGUUGGACACUUGAGAAAGUUUUUGGUUGAUCAUAGCGUUCUCCCGCUGUUUGAACAGACUCACAAUGCGACAGCCACACAAGAACAUCAAGCGGAGACAUGGGCUGAAAGACCCAAUGUGCAUCUGGGUUCGCGUAAUCGGGUUGGUAGUGAAUCACUGUUUCUUGACCGUGAACCACAACAAGAGUCACGGGGGUUUUCAUCUGGGCUUAUGUUUCAUGGACGGGAUCCUGGGUUAUCCACAGUUCAGUCUCCGCUACUUGGUCUUACAACUGAUCGUUUUGUAACUCAGGUUGCUCAAACAAUGCAAAUACCACUAGUUUAUGCUGAGGACAUAAUUGGUGUUGGCGGAAGAAAUAUCACAUAUAUUCGUCAGACAAGUGGUGCCCUUCUUACUGUUCAAGAAGGUCGACCAGAUGAAAUUGUAAUUGAAAUGAAAGGGAGCUCCUCACAAGUUCAGGCUGCUCAACAACUUAUUCAGGAUUGUGUAAACAACCAUAAUAAAUCCAUUCCGAGUGACUACAGCAACAUGGACUUAGGUGCAAGAUCUUCUUCAUACUCCGGGUUCAUAGACCCAUCUUAUAGUCGAGAUCCGUAUGAUUUCCGUGAAUAUAGUAAUUACAGAAUGUGAAUUUACUGACCCAAUGAAAAGGCUUUCAUUCUUUCUUUGUAUCGUUUUCUGUUCAACGUGUAAUGUCGUUUUCUUGAAUGUUUUCUGAACAUGAUUUUAUUAGGAAUGACUCAACAGAUUAUGUCUUUUGAGGUUGGUUUUGUUUC